AUGGCGGCCUCAAGCCUUACAAUCGUGAUUAAACUCGGAACAAGUUCUAUUGUUGACGAGAAAACACAUGAGCCUAUUCUAUCCAUUUUAACACUUAUUGUUGAAACAGUAGCAAGGCUCCGCAAAGAUGGUCAUCGAGUUGUUCUAGUCUCAUCUGGCGCGGUGGGGGUUGGUCUGCGACGAAUGGAUGUUGAUCAACGGCCGGACUAUCUACCUCGGAUACAGGCACUUGCAGCUGUUGGUCAAUGUCGACUGAUGAGUCUAUGGGAUAACCUCUUCUCCCAUCUACGAGUUCCUGUGGCUCAAAUUUUGUUGACGAGAAAUGACAUUGCCGAUAAUACUCAAUAUGUUAACGCCCAAAAUACCUUUGAGCAACUGUUUGAUAUGGGUGUGGUGCCUAUAGUUAACGAAAAUGAUACCCUAGCUGUUUCUGAAAUCAAAUUCGGUGACAACGAUACCCUCUCAGCCAUCACUGCAGCUACAGUCAAGGCCGAUUACUUAUUCUUGAUGACCGAUGUCGACUGCCUCUACACAGCCAACCCACGCCGCGACCCCAAUGCUCAACCUAUUGAAGUCGUUUCUGAUAUUUCAACAAUAGAAGCUGACGUUUCAUCUGCUGGUUCAGCAUUGGGUACUGGAGGUAUGAGCACCAAGAUCGUGGCUGCAAAGCUGGGAACCAGUGCUGGUGUGACGACCAUCAUCACCAAAAGCUCUAAGCCCGGCAACGUCCACGAGAUUGUCAAGUACCUGCAGGAAAUUCAAGACCUCUCCGAUCCCAACGAUCCUUCUAUCGCCGAGCUCCCAAAACCUCCUCUCCACACUCGCUUCCUUCCCUCUGAUACCCCUAUCCAAUCGCGAACUUUCUGGUUACUCCACGGACUCACACCGCAUGGUACCCUAUACAUCGACCAAGGAGCAUAUGAAGCACUCCUGGGAAAAAAAGCAAGUCUCUUGCCAGCCGGAGUCAUUGGAGUUGAGGGUCAUUUCGGACAACAAGAGGCAGUUCGCCUUGUAGUUGUGGAUCGUCCUUCUCCAGAGUCUCUGAACGGCGAAUUCCUCCACCACUCCCAAGAACCGAAGGAAGUGGGUCGUGCGAUUGUGAACUACGGAAGCAUCGAGAUUGAACAUAUUAAGGGUCACCGAAGCACACAUAUCGAGGCGGUACUGGGUUACUGUGACAGUGACUAUGUCGCACUGCGUCAUAAUAUCUCAUUCCACCCCGAUGACUGGAACAGUGGCCCAGGUGCUCCAGAAAUACCGUCAUUGCCGGCCUCUCCACGAAAGUCAUGA